AGCUCACGUGGUUUUGAGGCACAUACCCGAAAUGCUUUCUAUAUAGAUGACUAAGCUUUAAGAGAGCUGUGCAGACGGCUCAGUUUGUUCUGUUUUGAGCACACCCAUCAAUGCUGUCUACAUAGGGAGCUCGCUGUGGUUUGAGACGGAGCCGCUGUUGAGAGGGUCAUCGUGUGCUGUGAGCUCAUGCAGUUCACUCGGUGAUCUACUCCAUCCACAUCCUGCACACAGCGAUCCUCUCCUUCAUCAUCAUCUUCAUCGGUGUAGAUGAUCACACAUCUCCUCUCUCUCUGUUCGCUCGUGUAAUACUCUGCGUGCGGCGUCAGAUCUACAUUUUCAGCCGCCGAUCGUGCUGUAAAGACCCUCUAGUGAACGGGUUUACGAGGACGUCGGAAGGACGUUUUUAACGUUAUAUUCCAGAUGUUUGGAGUGGGUUUGGUUUCAACGCAGCGCUUCUGAACCGCGUUAACGGAGUUGCACGCUUUAAGACGCCCAUGAUGUCCACAUGCGACUGUGUCCUGGUGUGUAGAGGAUACAUCUGCAAUCGAGGAGUUAUCCAAACAAACAUGUAAACCAAACAGCGGAUCUCAUUCCUUUCCCCUCGUUUCGCAUGCAACUAUUAGCAUUUUCAAUGCAAUUUGAAGAUUUCAGUAAAACAUGGAGAUAAGAAAAUGGCUCCUUGGCUACAGUUCCUUGCUUUUCUUUGACUGGGUUGUUGUAAUGCUUCCUCAUCAGACCAGAGAUGUUUCUCCAAGAUCCAGCAACUUCUCGUGUGUUCCUUGAGGACAUUUGAAUUCUGAUUCCCUCGGGUUGCUUUAAAGUUUUCUUUUCUUGCUGGCUGGUAGAUGACAGGCAACAUGCAUCUCGGGGUCGAGGAGCCCAUCCGAGAGUGCCAGUACAAUCAGAUCUGCACACACAACUCCUCAACCAUGGACACGCCACACACCAAAAAGAAGAAGAUCAAAAGGAAAUGGCAGGUUUUUCCAGGCCGAAAUAAGUUUUACUGCAACGGACGGAUCAUGAUGGCAAAGCAGACCGGGGUCUUCUAUCUCACAGUGGUUCUCAUUUUGGUGACCAGCGGCCUCUUCUUUGCCUUUGACUGCCCGUUCCUGGCAUCAAACCUGACCCCUGCCAUUCCGGCCAUCGGAGGAGUGCUGUUCAUCUUUGUGAUGGGAAUGCUGCUCCGGGCGAGCUUCAGCGACCCGGGCGUCCUGCCCAGAGCCACACCAGAGGAAGCGGCCGACAUCGAGAGGCAGAUAGAUACAGCCAACGGUCCGAGCGGCCCAGGCUACAGACCACCCCCCCGAACCAGAGAGGUGCUCAUUAAUGGUCAAACAGUCAAGCUAAAAUACUGUUUCACCUGCAAGAUCUUCAGACCGCCGCGGGCCUCACACUGCAGCCUGUGCGACAACUGCGUGGAGAGAUUUGAUCAUCACUGCCCGUGGGUGGGCAACUGCGUGGGGAGGAGGAACUAUCGCUUCUUCUACCUGUUCAUCCUCUCACUCUCCCUCCUCACCAUCUUCAUCUUCGCCUUCGUCAUCACGCACGUAAUACUGAGAUCCAACAGGACUGGCUUUCUCAGUGCUCUCAAAGACAGCCCUGCUAGUGUUCUGGAAGUGGUGGUGUGCUUUUUCUCCAUCUGGUCCAUCGUGGGACUGUCAGGCUUCCAUACCUACCUGAUCAGCUCCAAUCAGACCACCAAUGAAGACAUCAAGGGUUCAUGGUCAUCCAAACGAGGCAAAGGCAACUACAACCCUUACAGCUACGGAAACCUGAUCACCAACUGCUGCGCUGCACUGUGUGGACCGCUGCCACCCAGCUUGAUUGACAGAAGAGGUUUUGUCCAACCAGACACCCCGCAGCCUGUGGCCCAGACAAACGGCACCGGUGCCUGUCCCUCCAAUCAAGUCCAGAGUCACAUGUGUGCUCAAGACCAGUGCAUUCAGAGCACCAAAUUCGUUUUGCAGGCUGCCACCAACCCGCUGCUCCACAGUCAGCCCAUCAUUCUGGGCGGAGGCGCACCCCUUCAGGCCAAGACCUCUCUGGGUGGGCCGUGCUCCACUCUGGGCCCCUCUCAGGCCUCGCUGCCCUCUUCUAUCCCAGGCCUCAGCUGUGGAGGAGAGCUGAUGGCCCUGCGAGACUCUGAGAUCCACUGUCACCAUCACCUACACCAUCAACAUUUCAUCAGUCCGGAGGAGACGCCCUCACCGCCGACAGCCCUGCCCUGUGCUACCCACCUGGGUCACCAUGUUCACCCGGCGCAGCUCUUUAACCCCGCCAGCCAGGACUCGCUCCAUGAAGACUCUGUGCGGGGUUUGGUGAAGCUGAGUUCAGUGUGAGCUGUUUCUAAUGCCGUCCUGCUGAACUGGACCACAAGCCAUUCGGUACUUUACACACAUAUAACAGCCUCUGCUGGACGUUUCUAAUAUGUAAUGGAGGCAUCCACCCCAAACAAUUUCCUAAGUGAGUACAAAGUGAGGACCAAAGCUAGUCUUUGAGCUCUCUUAUUACUCAGCCAAGCUAUUUUUUUAUGGAAGCUUAUUUCCACCACUGAAUAAAAUUACAAAAAUGUUAACUGCAUUUAUUUUUUCCUCACAAUUCUGAAUUUUUUUCAUAUGACACUGUGACAUUAUAUCUCACAAACUGUACUUUUUAUUUUUUAUUUUUUUGAAUUGCAAAUUUAUAUAUCAAAUUGGAUCUUACAAUUCUUACUUUUUUUUUCUCAGCAUGUGCAUUUGGUCAGGUUAGGUUUUUAAAAUGCGAGAAAAAGAAACAAAUGCAAGAUGUAAACUCAGAAUUUUGAGGAAAGAAAAAUCUUACUUGUGAGAUACAAGCUCGCAACUGCAAGUUUACUAUUCACAAUUCUAGAAAAAGAGUCAUAAUUGUGAGAUAUAAACAUGCAAUUCUAAAAAAGUCAUAAUCGUGAGAUAUAAUCUUGCAAUUCUAAAAAAGUCAAUCGUGAGAUAUAAUUUCGCAAUUCUAAAAAAGUCAUAACCGUGAGAUAUAAUCUCGUAAUUCUAAAAAAGUCAAUUGUUAGAUUGUAAUCUCGCAAUUCUACUAAAGACGGAAUUGUUAGAUUGUAAUAUCGCAAUUCUAAUAAAGUCAGAAUUGUUAGAUUGUAAUCUCAGAAUUCUAAAAAAAAAACAGAAUUGUUAGAUUGUAAUCUUGCAAUUCUCAAAAAAACUGAAUUAUUAGAUUGUAAUCUCGCAAUUCUAAAAAAGACAGAAUUUUUAGAUUGUAAUCUCGCAAUUCUAAUAAAGUCAGAAUUGUUAGAUUGUAAUCUCGCAAUUCUAAUAAAGAAAAUUGUUAGAUUGUAAUCUUGCAAUUCUAAAAAAUACAGAAUUAUAAGAUUGUAAUCUUGCAAUUCUAAAAAAGACAGAAUUGUUAGAUUGUAAUCUCGCAAUUCUAAUAAACAGAAUUGUGAGAUUGUAAUCUCGCAAUUCUAAUAAAGACAAUUGUUAGAUUGUAAUCUCGCAAUUCAAAAAAAUAUUACAAUUGUGAGAUUGUAAUCUCACAAUUCUAAUAAAUUCAGAAUCAUGAUAUAAACUCGCAAUUGUGAAAAAAGUUGUCACAAGUGCUAUGAUAAAAAGACACAAUUACCUAAUAUUUAUUUGUAUUCCGUUGCAGAGAUAAGCUUCCGGAGUUUUUCAAAAGCAGUCUCUCUCAAAGCAGCUCUACAGAGCGCUACAGUGGCCACACUGCUUUUUCCUUCAAGUAUUCUUCCUAUUCAUUUCUCCAUAAAGAUUUAAAAAAGUUCUCCAAUAAAGAAAUCAAUGCCUUAAACUUAA